AUGGAAAAACCAAACAAACCAACAAUAAAUAGGAGAAAAACUAGUCUUGAAUUGAGUUCUAGUGCUACUUUUCUCUUGCCAAAGGGCGACGAUUCAAAAGAUUUGGACGUAGAGAUGAUACAGAUACGGCCUUUAGCCUACACAAGUUUGAGGGACUUGUUACCUGCUUCAUCAUCAUCAGGUCUUUUGUCACCAACUCGAAAGUCUAGCAGCCGGAGAGAGAUAUCCUUCAAGAAUCCAUUGGUGAAGCAUGCUGCUAGGGCUUAUUUACAGCCCAUGUCAACUCCUGAUGUUGACGAUAAAGGGUUCUUUCAAAGAUUGAAAGAUCAAUGUGGGUGCAUUGAGUGGCUCAACGACAUCGUUAUAAAGCCGUUGAGGUUUAGGUUUUCGAGGGCGGAGGAGAUGAGUGAUGAUGGUGAAGAAGAUGAUUAUUUCAGAUGA